AUUCUCAUAAACUAUUUCAAAUAAAAAUGUAGUAAAAAAAUCUUGAGAUAUUUUUUAAAACUAUUUUCAAAAUCUGAUUAUCAGAUUUUAUUUGAAGAUUUGCAAGUUAAUUACGGUAUUCUUCUGUCGGUAGCAUAUGUUGGACAGACUGUCUGCAAUCAAAACAGAUGAUCGGCUAUUCUGUCUUCUGAAAUCUUUCCUUAUCCUUGCUCUCUCUUUUUCACUUGUCGAAGUCUGAAGCAAUGGCCAUUAGGCAUCAUUGCUCUUUUUAUUUGUAAAUUAAUAAACUUAUUAGUUUGAAGAAUUUUCAAGAAUCAAUUGAAUAUGAAAAUUUGGACUUCAGAGCAUACUUUCAACCACCCGUGGGAGAUGGUAUGUCAAGCGGCGUGGAGAAAGUACCCUAACCCGAUGAAUCCGGCUGUCAUCGGCACGGAUGUGAUCGAACGAAAGGUCGAAGGUGGUGUUCUUCUCACACAUCGAUUAGUUAGUUCCAAGUGGGGUCUUCCACGUUGGGUUCAGUCAAUUGUGGGACCAUCAAAUAUUUGUUAUGCCAUUGAAAAAUCCGAGGUCAAUCCCAGUUCGAAACAGAUGAUUCUAAAGACAAGAAAUUUGACAUUUGGCAGUUUCAUUGCUGUGGAUGAGACUCUGAGUUAUCAACCGCAUCCUGAAGAUGUAUCAAAAACGUUACUCAAACAGGAAGCAGUUGUUACUGUUCAAAGUGUUCCACUUCAUAACUAUAUGGAAGAUCUACUGACGAGUACUAUCAUGACGAACGCUGGCAAGGGUCGCCAGGCGAUGGAAUGGGUUAUAGGGAAAAUUGAAAAAGAGAUGAGCGAUAUAAAAAAUUCUGCUGUUAAAAGCACUGAUGAAUUAUUAAACCAAACUAAAAAAUCGUUCGGUGACAUUACAACAACGGCUAGAAAAUCUAUGGAUGAAUUAUCUUCAGCAGCAAAAAAGUCUUUUGAUGAAUUCCACAAUGUUGCAGGCUCAACCACAUUUCAAGGAAUACCAAAAUUCUAAGAAUUACUAAGUCAAAAAAAAAAUCUCCUAGAAUGUAUUAUCACUUUAUAAAAUCAUCAUCGAUGACACAAGAUUUUUUAUUGAUGCAUCAAUGUUACAAAAUUUAACGUUAAUUUGGCUUAAUAAUAUUAAAUUUUCAUACUCUAUGCUACUGUCUCAUAUUUUUUAACAUUUCGAGAAACCGCACCGAAAUACAUUGAUGUCUAGUCGUUUUAUCACUCAGAAUGGCUUAGCAAUAAAUUUAGAUAUUAUUUAGAACAGUUAAUUUUGAAAGUUCCGUUGUAAACAGUAUUAUGAAUAUAUGUGUACAUGUAUUGCUUCUUUAGUUUUAUUAUUUGUUGAGAUUUUUAGAAAUGAUCUAUUAAAUCAAAUUAGAAUAACCAUGUUAUUUUUGUAUCUGUACAGUAAUGUUUUCUCCGACAGUUUUUGGUUCCUGAUUAUUUUUAAACUGAAUAAAUGAAAUAUUUAUUGAUGAAAUUCAAUAUUCAUUUUGAAAAAUCUGACCCGACAUUAUGAAUGUUAAAAGACAUUAGAAGUUAAAUUGAUUGCAAAUGUUUUCUUCUAUUAUGUAAAAAUAUUAUUAUUUUCUAAAUCGUAGGGUUUAUCUAAAACUUUUUAUUUAAUUCGAAGUUUCUUCAUACUCAUUACUUUGACAUUUCCAUAUAGAUCUCAACUUUUCGAGUACUAAAAUGUCAGUCAGGUGUUUAGAAGCUUGCGCAGAUCCACGCACAUCGUGACGUCGACGGAAGCGGGAAGCCGUCCGUGAUUAGAUGGUUGAAAAUGCCGCUGUUGCUGUCACGCGUUUCGCACCGGUAUGCGCAAGGUGCAAAUCAUUAACAUUUCACCAAUCAACUCAAGUUUUUGGUUCAAAGAUCCUAUCUUUGAUAAUAAGUAGAAAUAAAGCUUCUGUAUUCCUGUGUGUCUAGACUAUUUAAUUCUUAGAGUUGUCUAUCCUUGAUACCGCCAUUGUUGAGUACAAAUUUAUAAUUUAUGUAAUCAUACUAUGCCACUUGCCACUGCUUUCAUAUCUAUUAUUGUAAUUUGAUAUUCUAAAAGACUUGAUUCAAUUUUAUUCAAGAUAGUGUGAAGAAUUUAAUUCGUUUUGGAUAAGAUAUGGUGCAUAGAAAUUGAGAUAAAUGAUAUGAAUAUUGCUAAUUGAACAGCAUUGUGAUAAAGAGAGAUCAUCCAGAAUAAGUGACUAUUUUUUCAGAAAUCGAAUUGGAAAAAUAUAGACUAUGAAUCGAAUGUUUUAUUUUUUAUUUUAAUUUAAUAUUCGAAUAGUCUUGUAAAUAUAUUUGUAAAUGUUUAUUUGUUUAGAAUCAUUUUAUAAAAAUAUGCGACAUUCCUCGUAAUAUAUUAUGUUUCGUCUGAAGAAAUGAAGUAAUUUACCAUGCGUUUUCGAUUUUUUAAACUAUUGCUAAUUUUCCCAUUUUGCUCUUCUCCGAAUUGAUGUUAUCUUACAUUCAUUCUUCUUACAAAAUCCUUUUAAGAAUAUUUUAUUCUGUUCACAGACUUGUAUCUGUAUCUACAAACUUAUAAAAAAGUUAAUCACAUGUAAUGAAACUGAUGCUAUUGUAAUAAUUUCCUAUCAAUUUAGAUUCAUGAGUUUUGAACAAUAUAAUUACAGUCAUUAUUCCUGAGUUUUGAACAAUAUAAUUACAGUCAUUAUUGCUUUGUUCAGUGGAAACUGAAUAAUUCGUUGAAUUGCAAGAUCAACUUUAAAUGCCGGUUGCACAACAGCCGUUCAAAUUUUAACGAUGAUUAAUUCCACGAGAACCAAUCAGAGAAGCCGUCUUUUCAAAACCGCCUUCCUUGAUUGGUUCUUGUGAAAUUAAUCACGGUUAAAAUUUAACCGGCUGUUGUGCGACCGGGCCUAAGUGUCUAAAAAAUAUGUUUUAGUGCACAUUACAUUUCUACUUGUUUGAUAGCAAGAGGUAAGAUAAAAAAGUGUAGUUAUCAAAGUCCAGUAGGUAGGUGGUUUAUAAAAAUUGGUAACAACUAGCUAGAUAUUUGACCAUCAAAUCAAAUCUUUCAACACGAAUUUAAUAGUAUAUGAAACAAUCCAAGAAUUCUCCAUUGAGGUGUGACUGUUAAGUACAUUUUUACCCGGAGUAAUUUAGUAAACUU